AUGGCGGAGCUGCAGCGGCAACUCCGGGUGCAGGAGGCGGUGGACUCCGUGGUGAAGAGUCUGGAGAGGGAGAAUAUCCGGAAGAUGCAGGGCCUUAUGUUCCGGUGCAGCGCUGCCUGUUCUGUGUCCCUGGGAGCACCCAGGAGCCUCAGUGUCACUGUCACCGGAGCACAUGGACCCUNCCACUGCGGGGGCUCCUUGAUCCACCCCCAGUGGGUGCUGACUGCGGCCCACUGCGUCGGACCGGAAGUCCACGACCCCUCAUACCUCAGGGUGCAGCUGCGGGAGCAGCACUUGUAUUACCAGGACCAGCUGCUCUCCAUCAGCAGGGUCAUCCCCCACCCCAACUACUACACAACCGAGAACGGGGCGGACAUCGCCCUGCUGGAGCUGGACGAGCCCGUGAGCAUCUCCUGCCACGUCCAGCCGGUCACGCUGCCCCCUGCGUCGGAGACCUUCCCCCCGGGCACGCAGUGCUGGGUGACUGGCUGGGGUGAUGUGAACCGUGGAAGGCGCCUGCCGCCCCCGUUCCCCCUGAAGCAGGUGAAGGUGCCCAUCGUGGAGAACAGUGUCUGUGACAGGAAGUAUCACUCUGGCCUGUACACGGGGGACAGUGUCCCCAUCGUGCGGGAGGACAUGCUGUGUGCCGGGGACAGCAGGAGUGGCAUCUACACCCGAGUCACCUCCUACCUGGACUGGAUCCACCAGUUCAUCCCCCAGGGGCCCUGAGCCUGGUCCCCAGGCCACCAUCCUGGUCAGCGGAGGAGCCGGCCCCAUCCCCACACCGUUGCUUCCGGCCACGGAGGCAACCUUCCUGCACCUUCCCUGGCUCCCUCCCUGCUGCCCACCCCCAUUGAGCCCCCUCCCAGCUGACCCCUCCCUGCCCUGCACA